AUGCACCACACGGUGGUGUUGUUGUUGUUAUUCCUGAUAAAACCUGCAAUAUGUGCCAAAGAUGAUAGCCAUCCUAUACCUGAUUCUUUUGUUGGCACUUGGAUUCCAUCGCACGAUGACAAUAUGGAGGCGUUGCUACGGAAGAGAGGUUACGGAUACUCGGUAGGACGGAUUCUGUUGUCGGUCACGGUGAAGAAGAAGUUUGAGAAGACAAAUAGUGAGUUUUGUAGUGUUAAAUUACCCUACCCUAUCCUACCCUACCCCACCCUACCCUACCCUACCCACUACCUUACCGUACCAUAAAUUACCGUACCUUACCUUACUCUAUUUAUAUUUUGCCCUUUUACCUUAUCAUCUCUUCAGGUAUGUUCAACGUGACCCUAAUCACGAGAGGCAAACACCAGUCGUGGGUUAACGUCACCACGAAUGAUAUGUUCGUAGCCCCGUAUCUUGAUGGCAUGCAUUACUAUUUCUUAUUCGACCGAAGUGAGUAUGGUCUACUGUUGCAGAUCUUCUUUAUGGACUCGUCCAAACUCAAAGAAGCAGUCAUGUUCGAGUACGUUUCACCGUUCCUGAAGAUGCACAUCAAGUAUGACAAUGUGAAAGCAUGUAUAUAUCAUUAUAAGGAGACUCCAGACAAACACAGAGAUAGUACUAUAGAAAUGUAG